UUUGGGGUUUCUCUGAAUCAGAUACAGCUCAACCCCACCGUAAAAUCCUUACUCCCGCAUUUUUCUGUUUUUCCGUACAUACACAAUACUUGCAAUCUUCCAUAAUUAUAUCUCGCCAGUACAAUUGUUCUUUUAUCAAGCUCUGAAAUUUUUUUAAUCAUCAUUUUCAUUAAUUGAUCAAUUAAUUCUCCAAAUCUUCCAUUCCCUUUUUUUUUUAACAAAAACAUUCUUGUUUUUUGGGUUCAAUUAGGUGAGCUCCCUGUUUUCAAUCAAAUUCAGCUUCUCACCAGAUAAUGCGUAUUUCGUUCAGAGUUUCGAAAACAUUCUGGGAUAGAAGUUCAAUGGAUGUGAUGAUGGCCAGAACAGUGUGACUUGGACAUGGAGUCAUUUUGAUUGAAGGAUGCAGAGCUAGAUAUCCCAACUAAGUCAGUGGGCGAAAAAACAAGAUAUGGAGAUUGACAGUCCAGAUGCCAGUAGUGGAAGCAUAUCUGGGACACGUGAAGAAAAUGGGUUUCACCUUAAUCGUGUUUCUGUAGGUGAUUAUGGUGAGGGGUUGCCUUAUGCUCCCAUUGACUGGCCUAAGCCUGGGGAUAACUGGAGCUGGAGAGUGGGGAAAAGGAUUGCAUCAUCUGGCCACUUCUUGGAUAGAUACCUUUAUCCUCCUAAACACCUUCAGGAUCCUCAUCGUAAAAAAGUUGGCUUAGCAAGCAAGCAAUCAGUUGAGCAGUUUAUCCGGGCAAAAUUCCCAGAUGCUGAUGUUAAUGCAUUUUUUGCCUCAUUUAGUUGGAAGAUCCCUUCAAAGCAGCUACGCCUUUUUGGAAUGACAGAUGAUAAGGAGGAGAAUCCACCCUCUGUGGAGGCAGAAGAAACGUCAGCCUCUGAUUCCCCAAUGGCAGAUCUGACUUGCAAGGCUGGUAACAAAACAUGUACCAGUUUAGGAGCAGUUGGGAGUGCUUCAGGAGUCAUGCUUUGUGAUAUUUGCUGCAGUGAACCUGGUUUCUGCCGAGAUUGUUGUUGUAUUCUUUGUUGUAAGACCGUAAGUUCAUCUUAUGGUGGGUAUAGUUAUAUUAGGUGCCAAGCAUUACUAAAUGGUUCUGCUUGUGGUCAUGUUGCCCAUUUAAACUGUGGUCUCCGGGCUUAUAUGGCUGGUACAGUUGGGGGGACUAUUGGUUUGGAUGCAGAGUACUAUUGCAGGCGCUGUGAUUCAAGGUCGGAUCUUGUUUCACAUGUCAGAAAACUUCUAAAGACCUGUGAAUCUAUCAACUCUCGGGAUGACAUUGAAAUGAUUCUGAGUGUUGGCAUAUCUAUUCUGCGUGACUCUCAGAGAGCUAGUGCGAAACAGUUGUUGGAUCAGAUCUCAUUGGCAAUGUCAAAGCUCAGAAAGGGUGCAGACCUUGAAGAUGUCUGGAAGAAGGAAGAAAUAGUUGAAGUUACAGAAGAGAAUGGAGCUUUGGAACUUGAGAAUCACGAGGAUCCUCCUGCAAACAGAUUCCUACAGCCACUAUUAUCUUCGAAGUUUGAUCAUCGAGUGGAAACUCUGGUACUGGAGGACGAAAUCGAUCAGAUUCUAAUGGCAUUAAAGAAGUCGCAGGAGUCUGAAUACAGACUUGCAGAGGAAGCCCUUUCUGUCCAGAAGAACUGCAUUCAAGAUUUGUAUCAACAGCUUGACCAUGAGAGAUCCACACUUUCACAGCGUGCGCCCUCUCCUGAUGCAGAUGCCGUACUUGAUUCCUUCCUUAGCAAGGUGGACCAUUUGAAACAAGAGAUAACGAAAUUCAAGGACAUGAAAGAAGUGGCAAAGGGAUUUGGAAGAACUCCCAAACAUAUUCUCAAGGAUCACUUUAACUUGGAAACUGAAAAUUGAGCGAUUUAAGCUGCUCGUCGUGUGUCUAUACAACUCUGUGUAGAAGCCUUGUACCAAAAUUUUGUGUGUAGUUUGUACAAGGAUUUUGUUGCCCCGUCUCUCUAGUUGGCAUGAGUUUCUGUUGUUUCUAGGAGAAUAUUUUCUUAUCAAGUGAACAUGCAAUGGCUAUAUCCAUGUCCACCAGAAAGACAAUAGCGAAGGGUAAUCAAUGUCAACAACAACGAUAUCCUUAUCAUCGUGUUAAUGACAUUGUCUUUCUUUGGUUUUCA